AUGGGGGAUCUUUGCAGCAAACUGAGAAAAAAGUCUGUUGGACCACUCACUCAUUCAGGUAGCAAGAAAAAGGACUCCAUUGGCCCUGAGACAGUAUUAAAAGAAAAUCACUCUGGCACCAAAGUGAACCUUGUUCUGCUGGGAAUGUCCGGGACUGGAAAGAGUGCGACUGGAAACACAAUCCUUGGAAAGAGACAGUUUGUUUCAAAAGCCAGUUCAAUGCCGAUCACCACAAAGUGUCAGGCAGCAGAAACUGAGAUAAAUGGUACAUGUGUGCGUGUCAUUGAUACUCCAGACAUGUUUGAUGAUGACAUCAAAUCAUCAGAUAAGAACCGACAUGUAACACAGUGCAGAUGGCUCUGUCAAUCAGAUCCUUGUGUUUACUUACUUGUGAUACAAGUUGGCAGAUUCACAGAUGGUGAGAGAGACAUACUGAGAAAGUUUGAAAAAGCUUUUGGUCGCAGAGCUAAAAAACAAACAAUCAUCCUGUUUACACGUGGGGAAGAGCUGCAGCAUGCAGAUAUGAGCUUGGAAGAUUUUUUGCAGCACUGCCGGCCUGAACUCAAGAACAUAGUUAAACAGUGUGACAGAAGGUGUGUUGUUUUUGAGAACAAAACCUCACUUCAACCUCAAGUAACAAAGCUAAUGCAGACAGUGAACAGGAUGUUAAAUAAACAGCAGAAACAAUACUGUUCAUGUAUCAGACCAGAUCAAUAA